UCCCCCUCCUCUUUAUCUUCCUGUGCAAACCCUAGCUCGCCUCCUCUUCUCCUCCCUCGCGCCGCCUCCAUCUCCUCUCACUUUUUCUCCUUCUCUAUGAACGAAACCAAGGGGAAAAGUCCCACAGUACCACCUCCACCGCACCAUGGCGCCGCCGCUACCGGCCGCCCCUCGACGAACCGAAGCCACUAGAAGAUCCGCCUCGUCGUCCUCUCCAUCUCCGUUCAAGGAAUCGAACCGGGGCUCGCUCAAUCAACGGCAAAUUCGCCGAUUCCUCCUCCGUCUCCGGCGAGAUAAUCCUCAAUUCCGGCCGCCUCCGACCUCCACCAACCCUUCCGAGCACGUCCACACAUUCCAGGAGCUCGACGCCGGUGAUGCUCCGGCGACCCCCCUGGACUCCGUAUCGCCACCAUUGGCUUCCCCACGGUCAGCCGCAACCCCGACGCCAGUUUCCCCUUCCUCGUUCGCCCUGAAUCGAUGGAUUGAUGUUGGACCUGAUCUCCCUCCCGCCAUGGCUGCAGUCCUCCAAACUCGUCCCAGUCUUUGUUGGGUCAAGUUGCCACAAGUCUUUCUAUUGACACGAUCUGAACUGCAGCGCAGUGAUCUGUUGAUGGGCUUCGACCCAGAUCCAUCUGGAGCCAACGUCGCGGGCCAGCGUGCCAGGCUGCAUCUCCUCACUAGUCCGGCCCACCAGCACCACCUGCGCCGGCGCGGCAGGUAG